AUGACAAGAGAAAUAUGGAAUAUUUUAACCAUGCAAUAUUUUUUGUCAAGAAAACAGCUACAUGGAAGCGAAGCCAACAUCAGAAAUUCUCGCAGAUCUGAGGCACACACACAAACAAAAAAAUGUCGAAGAAGAAAUGUGCUGACACAUUUUCUGUCGCCUAAGCUAUGCGCCACGUUGUCACUCGUCGUGAUUUGUGUCAUAUUGCAGAUUUUCCAUUUAUGCAAGGAUAAUGGAGACAUAGGAUGCGGAUUAAAUUUUGGAAAUAACAAGGGAAGAAAUUUAUCACAAAAUAAUGCGAGUAAUAGACAAGGAGACAAAGCUAGGAAUAGGGAAAGAAGGAGAAAGACCAAGGAAACGUUUUUAAAUUCGCCUCUUGUGGAGGAAAAAGAAGAAAGUGGUGGUUGUAGAUAUGAAGAACUAGAAACGAUUUUAGGUGGGUCCUAUCAUUCCAAUGAAAGUGAUAAUAAAACUUAUUAUGUUUCAUUACCUGAAGAUGAAUCAAAAGAACAGUCCGAAGACGAAUCGGAAGUAGAUUCAGAAGGAGGCCAAUCUGGAGGAUCAGAUGGAGACAGGUAUAGAGAAUCAGAGGAGCAGUAUGAAGAUUCUGAUGAAGAACAGGACCAUGAUGAAGAUGAUUAUGAAGAAAUUGAGAUGUUAAGGAGUAGAAGGGGCUUUCCUGGUUUUGGAAAGUCAAGGAAACAGGACGAUGAAGAUUUUAUACGUUUCGACGUUGAUGAAUCGUUUUCUGAGGAUUCAGAUACAGAUUCUGAUCCGAGAGAAAUGUUAACUGAAGAAGAAUUAGAUAGAAGGCUUAAAGGAUUAAGGGGCAAUUUGGAUGAUGAUGAAAUGAUUUAUUUAUGGAAUAGCUUCCACGAAAUUGAGAAUAAUAAAUUUCAAGUUAUGCAAAGACAUCUAUGGGAGUGGUGUGAAUUAUUAGCAUUUGAAUAUAAGAUUCCAGAAGAUACUUUAUUAACGGAAUGGAAAAGAAUUGUGGAUUUUUCAUCGGAUGAACUAAUGAAAAAGACUGUUAAUGAUUAUAGAGAUUUUAAAAAUUUGAUUAAUGGAGGAUUGAAGAAUAGUAUGGAUUUUGUUCAUUUUCUGAAUUCUAAAAGGGAAUCGUGGUCCAAUUUUCGAUCCAGGACAGAAUCUGUCUGGAAAAAUACUAUAGAUAAAAAAUUUAGAAAUUAUUAUAAUUAA